UGAAUUUUCUGCAAAAGAAGCAGAAAAGCUACUCCUAGACUCGGGAAACAUACGAGGCACCUUCCUGAUGCGACCGUCCGAGCACAAUCACAAUCAUUUUGCUCUCUCGGUCAAAAACUGGGAUGAAAAAUGUGGUUAUCAAAUAAAGCACUACAGAAUCAAGCAGCUGGGCAAUGCCGGUUAUUGCAUGGAAGCAACGAAUCAGAUCUUUCCAUCGCUAAAUGCACUCGUUUUGGCGUAUUCAAAAAACUCCCAAGGGUUAGGCCACGUGUUAUCUAGACCAUGUCCAAAGCCGCAACCGCAGAUGUGGGACCUGGGUCCAAUGCUUAGUGACCAUUGGAAAAUUCAACAGAACCAGAUUAAGCUUAUGUGUAAGCUAAGUCACGGCAACUCCGGUAAUGUCCACGAUUUAUCACAAAUGUUAUCUGGUUCAAAUCCAAAGUCACAUCAGGUAAAGCAACUGGUUCCGGAUCUUGCUGACAAGUGGGAAAUCAAUCGGGACGAAAUUCAGCUCAUCCGCAAGUUAGGUCAAGGCAGUUUCGGUAAGGUUUACUACGGCAUGUGGCGCAACAAAAUUGAAGUUGCUGUGAAGAUCCUCCGGAACGGUUCGAUGUCAACACAGGCCUUUCUUCAGGAAGCGGCGAUUAUGAAGAAAUUUCGUCACGCUAAUUUAGUCAAAUUAUAUGCAGUCUGUUCCAAAGAGAAACCCAUAUACAUCGUCCAGGAGUAUAUGCCCAAGGGUAGUUUGCUGGACUACCUGCGCACGGGUGACGGACAGUUCCUAAAGUUACAUAGUCUUAUCUACAUUGCUGCCCAGGUGGCAUCUGGUAUGGAGUAUCUGGAAGAAAGACAGCUGAUACAUCGGGACCUAGCAGCCCGGAACGUAUUGAUAGGGGAAAAAAAAUUGGCGAAGAUCUGUGAUUUCGGACUGGCGCGGGUGAUUAAAAAUGACGAGUAUCGUCCUAAGGGAGGAUUUCAAAUGGCGGCCAAUUGGACCGCUUUGGAGGGGAUUUUAUACAGUACAUUCUCUAUCAAGUCAGACGUCUGGUCCUACGGUAUCCUGUUGAUGGAACUGUUCACCUACGGCCAAGUGCCAUACCCGGGAAUGGAAAACAACGAGAUCAUCAGGCAAGUUGAACGGGGCUAUCGAAUGCCAAAACCAAAGAACCUACCGAACGAUAUUUACAACUUGAUGCUCAAGUGCUGGGAUGUAAUACCGAAGAAGCGCCCGACGUUCAAGUUCUUGUAUCAUUAUUUCCAUAACUUGAGGGUGGAAAAUUGA